GGGCGCGGAGCGGGGCCGGUGCGGGUCUGGCGGAGGAGGGCCGAGCCCCGGGGAGCGGGUCCCCACGCAGGCGGGUGAAUGGCGACUGCGGACGACCUCAAAUUCCAAGAAUUUGACGAUGCAGCUAAUUUGCUUGCAGCAAAUCCUGAUGCCACCACCAUAAGCAUCGAUGAGCCAGUUGAAGUCCCCAAGAACCAGCACAGCCACCUGCAGGAGCCAGGGAGGGAAGAGGAUGACGAGUUACUGGGGACUGACGACUCCGAUAAAACAGAGCUGCUUGCAGGACAGAAGAAAAGUGCCCCUUUCUGGACAUUUGAGUACUACCAGACCUUCUUCGAUGUGGACACGUACCAGGUCCUGGACAGAAUCAAAGGUUCCGUGUUCCCAGUGCCAGGGAAGAACUUUGUAAGGCUGUAUAUCCGCAGCAAUCCCGACCUUUAUGGUCCCUUUUGGAUAUGUGCCACACUCGUCUUCACCAUUGCUGUUAGUGGCAAUCUCUCGAAUUUCUUCAUCCAUCUGGGCAAACCCACAUAUCACUACGUGCCUGAGUUCAGAAAAGUGUCCAUAGCAGCAACAACAAUUUAUGCAUAUGCUUGGCUCGUUCCCCUUGCUCUUUGGGGAUUCCUGAUGUGGAGGAACAGUAAAGUUAUGAACAUUGUCUCCUAUUCAUUCCUGGAGAUAGUGUGUGUAUAUGGCUACUCCCUCUUCAUUUACAUUCCCACAGCGAUUUUGUGGAUCAUUCCACAGAAGGUGGUGCGCUGGGUGCUGGUGGUGUUCUCCCUGUGCCUGUCAGGGUCAGUUUUGGUGAUGACCUUCUGGCCCGCUGUCCGAGAUGACAACCGGAGGAUUGCGCUGGCCACCGUGGGCACCAUCCUUCUGCUCCAUGCCCUGCUGGCUGUUGGCUGUUUGGCAUACUUUUUUGAUGCCCCUGAACUUGAUUUUCCUGCACCUAUUAUCCCUGCUCACAAUGGAACAACAGUAACAACAAAGAGUCACUAAAUGAGAUUACAAUGCCGGUUUCUCCAUCUGUACAGUAAUUUUAUUUUAGAUUUAUUUUUCGCUGAAGACAAUGGAAACUGCAGGAAUGGGGGAUGUUUUCUGUGGCAGGACAGACAGCAUUGUCCCAUGGACAUACGGACAUCCCCACGCUCACUGGAGACAGGCUGGUUCCACGAGCAGAGCGAACCAUUGAUCACAAUGUGUAACACAAGGGAUUUUUUUUGUUUGUUUGGGUAUUUUUUUUGUUGGUUUUGUGUCUUUUUUUUUUUUUUUUUUU